CUGGGGGUCAGAUCUGGUGUGUUUGUGUGUUUUUUCCUGGGGAACAAGGAGAAAAGGGUUGAAGGGGAAAGGGAGAUAUGAGAGUUGAGGGUAGCAACAGGGAGGAAAUGAUGAAAAGAAAAAGGGUCGUUAGAAUGAAGUACUAAGAAGUUUCAGAAAAUUCACCAACAGAGAAAAAAAAAAGGGGGAUUGAGGGGGAGUUCUGAUAGGGAAAUGUGUUGGAAUAAAGCAAAGAGUUGGGGUCUAGCCUGUUUUCUCCACUUCAGGCACUGGUUAUUGCCUUCCACCUCUCUUUAAACUGAAGGGGAGGUGGAAAGCCUCGUAAACAGCAAAAUGGGACUCAUCUCAUUUAAACAUAGACCAUUCUACCUGAAUUGGAGAUUUUCCUGGGACUGAGGCUAGAUGGGAUGAAAGUUUGGAAGGAAUGAGGAGGUGCAGGAAUCACAGGAUCGGGGUUCCUUUCCAGGAUUUGACCAACCUUUGCCUUAAGGAGUCUCAGCACCAGGAAGGAAGAUGUCUGAUGAUGAGGACAUGGAAGAAUAUGAUCCCGAGGAGGAGGAACCAGAGGAAGAAAAAGAUGAAAAAGAGACAGAUGAAGAAGAGAAAGAGGAAGGGGAAGAAGCUGAAGAGUUCAUCCCCAAACCCAUUACAGAGGACAUAAUGAAGGAAGGUCUCUCUUUGCUCUGCAAGACAGGCAAUGGACUCUCUCAUGCUUAUGUGAAGCUGGAGGCCAAGGAUAAGGAACUGACUGACAUUUCUCUACUGUCCUCCUAUAUCCACCUGCGUUAUGUGGAUCUGUCUGAGAACCGGCUGUCAGACCUGUCACCGCUCAACAACCUGACUCACCUCCUCUGGCUCAAGCUUGACUACAACCGGCUACAGAGUGCCCGGAUGGUAGAGCUGCCCUACUUGCAGAUCGCCAGUUUUGCCUACAACCAAAUCAUUGACACCGAAGGCAUCACCCAUCCCAAAUUGACUAGCCUGGAUCUCAAAGGGAACAACAUCAAGAAGGUAACAGGUUUGGACCCCCAAAAGCUCUCGAACCUGCACACAUUAGAGCUUCGAGGGAACCAGCUGGAGACUACACUGGGACUUGAUCUUCCUAAGCUGAAGAGUCUCUAUUUGGCCCAGAACCAGCUGAAGAAAAUAGAAGGAAUUGAAAAUCUACAACAACUUAGUACUUUGCAUCUUCGGGACAACAAAAUCAGUGAAUUGAAUGGCUUCUCUCCUGAAAUGAAGUUGCUGCAGUACCUUAAUCUUCGGACAUCGACGACAGUGCCUUCUGAGGUGCUGGUGCGAUACUGGUCUCCCCAUCACUUUUUUCUUUCUCUUGGAAAGACCAUGUCCUUAGUCCAUCCUUGGAGGAAAAGGACCCAUUCAUUCCUGCUCCCCUGGAUCCCGGGAGUUGGAAGCACCUCCAGCUCAGCAUUUGUGAAAGGAGUGACAAGGAAAGCAGAAAAAGGAAGGCAGGCAGACCUAAAGGGAAUUACUUUACAUUUAUUUUUAUUUUUCUCAGCAAAAAUGGUGGGGGUAUCGAGGAUAGAACAGUCGGUAGUUUUAACAGGAUCCAGGCAAACCUGAAGGGGGAAGGGACAGAUCCAGGGGACUUUAAAUACUGAAUUUUGCCAAGGUGAUAGGAAUUGGGGGGAGGGGGGAGGAGGCGGCAUGGUGCACGGGAGUGUGACCUGGGGGACCGAAUUGCUUCUUUUUCCAAUAAAGAAAUUCUUGCCGCUGGUA